GUCAAUGCUUUGAUCGGCACUGUAAAUCACUUCUUAUGGCGACCAGAAUUUGCCGCAUACAUGGUUGAGGGAACCCCAGGCGUGCCUUACGGAGGACUGUUGGCAUGUUUCAAUGUUGUUGAAGCAAAUAUGGUCGUACGUCGCAAGGAAGUGCAAAAAAUGCUCAAAAAGUACACUUCCUUUGUUCAGGGUGAGUCUGUUCUUUCUAUCUCGUUUCCUUCUCUGGGCGCCCCUGACUUCACUUCUCCACCUAUGAAGCCGACACCGACUGAGGAUGGCCCUGGACGUAGCAUCUUUUGGCCUGAAGACGCCGUAUUUUGUGGACAUCCAAGGUUCAAGAACCUUGUGAAAAAUAUCCGGGGUCGAAGAGGAGAAAAAGUUGCGAUCAACGAAGAUUUAAGUGCUCUUGGUGAAGGCGAUAUGAUUAGUGCUGCAAAGCCAGAUCACAUCUACAUGGAUCAUAUGGGUUUUGGUAUGGGAUGCUGUUGUUUACAGAGUGUGGAUGAUCGAACAGCCGAGGAACGCGGGCUUGUGCCGCUGAAGAACUCGAAGUGGAGGAUCGCGAAGAGUCGUUAUGAUUCCACUGACUGUUACAUUUAUCCAUGUUCAGUGGCGUAUAAUGACAUACCGUUACAAUACGAUGAGGCAAUUUACCAACAGCUGCGAGAUGGAGAUAUUGAUGAGCCACUGGCUAAACACAUUGCUCACAUGUUCAUAAGAGAUCCACUUCAG